AUGGCAAUGGCAUCAAGUCACGCUCCGCUGGUCGAGGACACAAUCGAGUCGAUUGGCCUAUCAGCAGUACAACGACCUCCUCCUAUUGCUACCUCGAGAAGAAGUAACGAGCAAAAGGGAUUUGAGACACUGCCUCCAGUCCUGUCGGAGCCUGUCCGGCGACGGAGCUCAUUUAGGAUGUUUACAGUUAUGAUCGCUCUUUUUUCCACUCUCUUCAUCGCCGCUCUGAACACCACCAUCGUAGCCACGGCCAUACCCACGAUAUGCUCCGAUCUCCAUUCGGCAUCCGGCUACUCCUGGAUCGGUGCCUCCUAUGUCAUUGCCACGACCGCUGUCGUCCCGAUCUGGGCGAAACUCUCCGACAUAUGGGGCCGGAAGCCAAUCCUGCUGAUGGCCGUCGCUCUGUACUUCGCCAGCUCCAUCAUAUGCGCGGUCUCAAGCAGCAUGGGCAUGCUCAUCGUGAGUCGUACUCUCCAGGGCGUAUCCGGCGGCGGUUUGAGUUCCCUUAUCAACAUUGUCAUUUCGGAUUUGUUUAGCAUGAGGACUCGACCUCUCUUUCUCGGCCUUCUUCAUGUAAUCUGGGCUGUUGCCGGGGGGGUGGGACCGGUGCUCGGUGGUGCCUUCACACAGCUUCUGUCGUGGCGGUGGAUUUUCUGGAUCAACCUUCCCAUCUCUGGGGCCGCGUUCUGCCUAUUAUUCCUUUGUCUAGACGUGCACAACCCGAAGACCGAGUUCGCCGAAGGUAUCAAAGCCAUCGACUGGGCUGGGAGCCUUUCGAUUGUCGGCCUCAUGGUGAUGGUGCUGCUUGGUCUUAACUUUGGAGGUACCGCGUACCCCUGGGACUCUCCACAGGUCAUCUGCCUGGUCGUGGUGGGUGCUUUGAUGGCUGUCUUGUUUCUCUUCAGUGAAAGUCGACUCGCACGCUAUCCAAUAAUGCCCCUGGGCCUGUUUCGCCAUAGGUCCAAUGCGGCAUGCCUGGCUAUUGGCUUUACGCAUCAUUUCGCCAUCAAUGCCGCCGAGUACUACUUCCCACUCUAUUUUCAAUCCGCCAAAGAGGCGUCCCCACUCCAUUCGGGUGUCCUCCUCCUUCCCCUAAUGAUCACCGAAGCACUCAUGGGCGUUGCGGCGGGUAUCUUCAUUCGCCAAAUCGGCCGAUAUGUCGAGCUCAUCCGGGCCGGCGUGACUUUGCUCACCAUUGGUAACGGACUCUAUGUCCAUUUCAACGCGACAUCAUCCAUCGGUUCCAUUAUCGCCGUCGAAAUCGUGGCCGGCCUGGGAGCAGGUCUUCUCUUCGACCCCCCUCUCAUUGCCCUUCAGGCUCUCGUAUCCCAAGACGACACCGCAACAGCCACCGCUACUCUUGGAUUUAUGCGCAACGUCGGUCUAUCUCUUUCGAUUGUUAGCGGUAGCGUCAUCUUCCAGAAUGGAAUGCAACUUCAGAGGUCGAACUUACGAGACCACGGACUGCCGACAGACCUAGUGACGAACCUCUCGGGCCCUGAUGCGGCAGCUAAUGUCAAUCUCAUUGCGACGAUCUCCAAUCCGGCUCAGAAGCUAGCGGUCAAGCAGGCCUUCGCGUGGAGCUUGAGGAAUGUUUGGAUUAUGUGCACUUGUAUGGCCGCAUGUGGUCUUCUUGCCAGUGCGCUUAUUAUAAGGAAAGAGCUGGCCCAAGAGCACACGGAGACUCAGACGGGGAUUAGAAAGAAGAUAGCGAUCGUUGCGGAUGUGCAUGACAGCCAGGAAAGUGCACGCGCUGCUGCGAAUAGGGAAGAUGUCUCCGCUUAA